AUGGGUCGCAAGAGGACUGCUUGUACUGCUUGUGCUGCGAUUAAAGCUGCAUGCAACAAGGGCCGCCCGUGUUCGCGCUGUGGAAGGCUAUCGCUAUCUUGCCAGUACGUGCAGGGUGACACAAUUGUCUAUACAGGCCCCGAGGCCGGACCGCAGGGCGCAGAGGCGAUCCUGCGACGGUCCAAGGCAGCUUGUUUGAAUUGCCGUCGACAACGGAAAAAGUGCGACGAGCAGAGGCCCAAGUGCGGCAACUGUAGUCGACUUCAGCUACGGUGCGUCCUCCCGCCCCAACAGCAGCGGCCCUCUCCCAGCUCGGAGUUGGCCGUUUCUGCACCGGCCGAGGACGGACACAAGCGACGACUGCAUUUUGCGUUGUUCGCAGAUUGGAUCGGCCUUGUGGAAUACGAGGCCGAGCCUGCGCCGUUGACGUCGUCGACAUCUGUUGCAUCCGUCAGCCCCGCCCUCGUCGACUUGCCUAUACCAUCCCGCGCAGAACAUGCAGCUUAUGCCACUUUCCUGCCCUCAACGGCAUUGAAUAAUUUGACAGGCGUCAAGCCAGGCUCACUUGUAUCGUGUGAUAUUGGCGAACGACACCUGUGGAAUCACUUUAUCCUGUCGGUGGCGCGUGUUCUUGUCAACAGUCGCGACGACGCCCGCAAUCCAUUCCUAGCUGUCGCAGUCCCCAUGGCUUUGGACAGCUUCUUGGUGCGGCACGCACUGCUAGCACUCUCAGCUUGCCACCUAGGUCGCGUAUAUUCCAGUUUCCGUCACGACCUGCAAAAGCACCGGCGUACUGCCCUUGCAGUGCUGAAAGAAGAGAUGAUGGCGCUGUCGCAAGACUGUGACCUCGAAGAGAUACUCAUGGGAACGAUGCUCUUACUCCUUACCGAGAUCUGUGAUAGCACAUCCAAGAAGUGGUUGCUCUACCUGCGAGGCGCGCACACGCUGUUGGCAAUGCUACCUACUACUGUUCAUGAGUCACGAGGCUCGCAUAUGCUAUUGACUAAACUCUAUAACCAUGUGUGUUGUAUCGCAACUAUCACCUCCAAUAAUGUACCCGAUGCCAUUGAGUUUCAAUCGGAUCUACUCCGGUCAGAACUGGAUGGGCAAGACUGUAUAUUUGGAGUACACGGUCUCCAUCGCCUCUUACCAUGUAUUCGAAAGAUGAAGUUCGACUUGGACCAUGAGCCGUCAUUAGCAACAGACGGUGUAUUCCAAGCACAUAUUUGCAAGAUCGAGCUUGAAAUACAGAGUUGGGCACCCCACGAUGCCGUAAAUGAUGGAUUGCGGUCCCAAGACAUUAGAGCUGCUGCCUUUUGUACCCAAUGGGCCUUGAUCCUUUAUCUCAACCAGACACUUCGGCGCCUGAAAAGCAACGAUGUCCAAAUCUCAAAAGCAGCGGAUACAAUCAUUUCGGCACUCUCCCUGAUACGUCUAAGCUCGGAAGUAGAAGCACAUUUGUUGUUUCCGGUGUUCAUGGCCGGAGUGGGUAGCGUCACCAAAGCAAACCGUCUUACAGUGGACUAUAGGCUGCGGGGGAUGGCAAAGACUGUGGGGUUUGGUAACAUCAAUGUGGCUCAUGGACUGCUGGAAAGCAUAUGGCAGCUUGCCAACCAGGGUGAAUGGACAGACUGGGAUGAGCUGAUGCAGGCUGAGUGUCCAAUCUUGGUAUUAUUUUGA